CCUAUUUCUAAUCAAUCGGUCCACCAUCACCAUCGAUCUCCCCCAACCUCCACAACCUCAGCCACUGUGAGCUGCAACCACCACUGUCCGACCUUCCAUCGCCUAACAAACCCUAACCUAGCCACUUUCAAGCCGCUGCACACCAAAUCCUGCGACCGCUGUUCCUGAUAUAGAAAAUUCCUGGACUCGCGAUACUCGUUGCUUCCGGUUCCUGCGGUUAGAGCAGCUUAUGCCAGUCACAGUGUCACACAUUCUUAGCAGCAUCGUUCAGAAUCGUUCCUAUCAGGACUUCGAUACCCGUCCUCUCAUUCAUAAACCCAAGGUUUCCGACAAUUUCACCCCUGUUUGUCUAUGCAAACUCGAGUGGGGUUUCUUGAUGCGUCUCCGAUUCUUCAUCCAGCUCGAAUUAUUACACUAAAUUAAGAUACAAAGGAGAUGAAAAAGUCAAGGGUAACAAAGGUAGUCAAAGUAGAGACCAACAACAAUAAUGCUCGGUGGUGGUUGACUCACACGAGUAUUUCAGCCCCAUUCAUAUGUGUUAGUCUAUUUGCAAUCCUCGUGCGCGUUGCCGUAUCUCUGCAUCCGUAUUCCGGAGCAGGCGACCCACCUAAAUACGGAGAUUUCGAAGCACAAAGACACUGGAUGGAGAUCACAACCAAUCUUCCCGUCAACGAAUGGUAUCAAAACACCACUAAAAACGAUCUUCGUUACUGGGGACUUGACUACCCACCACUUACCGCUUAUCAGAGUUACGUUCACGGUCUUGUUUUAAAAUUCUUCCAUCCCGAAUCGGUUUCGCUUUAUACUUCGCGUGGCCAUGAAUCCUAUUUCGGAAAGUUGCUAAUGAGGUGGACGGUUUUAUCCUCUGAUCUCCUCAUAUUCUUUCCCGCAGUCCUGUGGCUUAUUGUAGCCAUCACAGACCAAUCACGAGGGCAAAAAAGUAAAAUAGCAUGGCAUGUUGCAAUGAUUUUACUUAACCCAUGCCUCAUCCUCAUUGAUCAUGGUCAUUUUCAGUUUAACUGCAUAAGCUUAGGACUUACCGUUGGAGCUAUUGCGGCCGUACUCAGUGACAAAGAUCUUGUUGCUUCAUUCUUGUUCAGUCUUGCCCUUAACCACAAACAGAUGAGUGCUUACUAUGCCCCUGCAUUUUUCAGCUAUCUAUUGGGUAAAUGUCUAAAACGUCGAAAUCCACUUCUCGAGGUUUCAAAGUUGGGUAUGAUUGUUAUAGGAGCGUUUGCUCUUGUUUGGUGGCCAUAUCUUCAGUCUAGAGUCGCGGUUUUGGAGGUUUUAUCCCGCCUAGCUCCGUUUGAGAGGGGAUUAUACGAGGAUUAUGUGGCUAAUUUUUGGUGCACGACUUCAGUUCUCAUAAAGUGGAAGCUAUUGUUCACCACACAGUCGCUAAAACUCUUAUGUCUAUUCAUGACCGUUUGUUCAUGUCUGCCUUCGAUGUUUCUUCAGAUACGCGCUCCAAGUACCCGAACUUUCCUCUAUGGGUUGCUUAAUACCGCUUUCUCAUUUUAUUUUUUCUCAUUUCAAGUACACGAGAAGUCUGUCCUUCUGCCACUCUUGCCGGCAAGCAUUUUAGCCGUAGAAGAACCGUUCAUAUUUCAAUGGUUUACACACUUCGCCUUGCUCUCGAUGUUUCCGCUAUUAUGUCGUGACAAAUUACUCCUUCCAUACAUCGCGCUCUAUGGUAUCUUCGUCUUCAUUUACUGCGCCCCAAAUGGAAAACCCGACACACCAAACCCUCCUCGUUCUUGGUCUCGUGUGACAUCGUUUUAUGUUGUUUUUCUUCUUUUCUUAUCUUUUGUUCUCCACGUUAUUUAUCUCACCGUAGACCCCCCAAAUAAAUACCCGUUCCUCUUCGAAGCUAUCAUCAUGCUUUUGUGUUUCUCUCAGUUUGUUUUGGUUGCUGUUUACACAAACUGGAAACAGUGGAUUUUGUCUAGGAAAUCACUCGUCGGUAGUGAAAAGAAACUGGCUUAAUGCUGUUAGUUUAAGGGGUUUUUUUUUUUUUUUUUUUUUUUUUUUUUUUUUUUGUAAUUUAGGCUUUGAUGAGAAUUCCAUGUGUGGAAUGUUAUAGCUGAUUUGUUGUGUCAUCGACCGCGGUCUUGCUGUUUUAUAGCAGAUCCAGUAAAUUUUUAGUAACAUAUAGACGUUUCAUGCA